AUGGCCCAAAUUAGUCUUGAAUUAGUUUGGACCACUUAUUGAUGGGCACAGGGAUGGGCACAGGCUGAAGAUACUUAUUUGUUAUUUCCGACAUCAUCACAUUCACCAAAUGCUGAAUUGGUGAUGUACAUCAGUGUAUCAACUUAAUAUUUUACGUUGCUUUUGGCUGCGCUUUCAGUAAACAACGCAGAAGCGAAAUCUCAUCAAAAAGCCCAGGAGAGAAAAUUCCCAAUCAUGGUUACGCCUAUUGUUCUUGCAACCACCAUUUUUACAGCCCAAUCAACUGCGUUCUUAGUUACCCCGAAAACAGAAGCGCAAAUAAAGAUUAGAAAUAGUGGAUUUAUUGCAGCUGCUUGCUGUACGAAAAGUUUUAGUACUUUUCCUCUGAAGGAGAGCUCUUUCAGUGGACAUCACACCCCAAAUGCAAAGGACGUACGAUUUCAGCAUGGAGUGCUGAAGAUUAGGGAGAUAAUGACAAGCAAAACAAGGGGCUACAUUGAAUUGGAGGAACUAAUUAUGGUAGAUAUUAUCCAGAGAUUAGGUCUUGAAGAUUACUUCCGAGAAGAAAUGCAUGUUGCCUUAGAAAAGCUACGUGUAAAAUCGGGUACCUUGAAAGAUGGUGAUGGUAAAUUUUAUGAGGUUGCUCUUUGUUUUAGGCUACUAAGACAAAACGGAUAUCACGUACCUGCUGAUGUUUUUUAUAAAUUCAAGGACAAUGAUGGGAAAUUCAAGCAUGAACUUUACAAGGAUGUGAAAGCAUUAUUGAGUCUGUUCGAGUCUUCUCAGCUAAGCACAACAGGGGAAGAUAUAUUAGGUGAAGCUUGUGAUUUUAGUAGGCAGUACUUAGAAGACGCUUUAAAAGACAUUGUUAGUGAACAGCCGAAGGCAAGAAUAAUUGUGAACACAUUAAGAUUUCCUUACCAUAAGAACUUAGCAAGACUUUUGGCCAAAAACUUCCUUCUUGAUUUUGAUGUUUCGUUGAAGAUCCUCCACGACUUGAGCACAGUGAAAGAAUGGAUGAAUGAGGUUCAAGAACUAGCACUAAUUGAUUUUGAAAUGGCUCAGAUGACUUACAAAAAUGAAGUAGAGGAAAUUUCAAAAUGGGGAAAAACACUUAAUUUGGACAACUUGACCUUUGCAAGGAUUGAACCAUUUAAGUGGUGCAUGUGGUCCUUCGGAAUUUUCCCUGGGCCAAGUAUGUCAGAAGAGAGAUUAGAACUUGCAAAAGCAGUAUCUUUUGCUUACAUCAUCGAUGACAUUUUUGAUAGUUGUGGGAGAUACGAUGAGCUCUACCUAUUCACAAAAGCGAUCAAUAGAUGGGAAUACGCUGAUAUUAAGGGAUUGCCCAACAAUUACAUGAAAGUGUGCUUCAAGGCUCUCUUGGAGACGACGGAUGAUUUCAGCUAUAAAAUUCAAACAAAGCAUGGAUGGAACCCACUAGAACUUCUACGAAAUUUGUGGGCUGAACAUUGCAACGCGUGCCUUCUUGAAUCAAAAUGGAGUGUUGCAAGAUACUCGCCUACCGCUGACGAAUAUUUGAACAACGGGAUUGUUACUUCUGGAACCCAUGUAGUUUUAGCACAUGCAUUUUUUCUUAUUGGUCAAGGAAUUAACAAGAGGAGUUUGGAAGAGUUAAAGACCCUUCCUUCCAUUAUAUCUUCUGCAGCUACAAUUCUUCGCCUAUGGAAUGAUGCAGGAAUUCAUACGGACAAAACUCCAAACGGGUAUGAUGGUUCUUACGUAGAUAUAUUCAUGAAAGAACAAAAGUGUAGCUCAUCUGACUGCGCGAGACGACAUGUUAGACAAAUGAUUUCAGAUGCAUGGAAGUGUCUUAACGAGGAGUAUGUGUCUCCUAUUUCUCCUUUCUCUAAAGAUUUCAAGGUGGCUUGCGUAAAUUUAACGAGGGUGGUUCCCUUUAUGUAUACCGGCCAUCUUGGAGGUGUAAUGGACAUUUCUAUAUUUAGUCGGUCACUAGAUUAAAAUUUUUAGUUGAUAGCAUAUAUCUCUCGUAAUAGUACUCAAAAGUGGACGUUUUAUUGAACAUAAGAAGUAUUUAAGUUUUUUCAGAA